AUGUCUGUCACCAUCACAGCGCCUCUAGCACCCCUGACCACCAUCUUCACGCCGCCCUGCUCCGUCUCUUGGCUUCUGACUUCGUCCAAGAAUCCAUCACAGUUCCCUCCGUUUCCCACCACGGGGCCAGCAUCAUGCGAUCCCCCUAACUGGGCUGCAAAUAUAGCGGGCAAGGGCUUCCAAUACUACUCCCCGGCAAUAUGCCCAAGUGGGUUCGAGGUUGGGCCCGGGUGUCAGAUCACCAGCACGAAGACGGCUGAGGGUUUCCCUGCGAUCGAGCCAGAGGAGACCGCCGCUUACUGCGUCCCGAGUGGCUUCACAUGCACAACGGACACUACGGACUUCCGGGGCGGUGUAUGGGGAGCGACAAAAGAGGCAGGCCCCCCUCUGUUCACUGUUGGGCCAGCUUUGCAGAUUCGUUUCCAAGAAUCUGACCUGUCUUCACUUGAGACGCACCCCUUGACUCCAGGCCUGACGUUGGCCGGAUUCCCUGCCCAAGUAUCAGUCGCUGCUUCAGAAACGGCAGGACCAGACAGCUCCAUAUCGACAACGGCGACCUUUGGUCAAUUCACGACAAUCCCAGUGCCCACACCACCGCCAGUUACUGGAGGGACACCAUCACAGCCUGUCACCGAAAGCAGUAGGGUAGAUCCAUCGACAGGUUCUCCCAAGAUGAACAGCACCUCAAGUCCAGCGACUAUUCCUACUAUUCUUCCCUCCAACGAUGAUACCGCAGGCGGCAAGGGUCAAAGCUCGACCAGUAUCGCCGCUAUCAUCCUUUCGACUUUGCUAUCUAUCUUUGCAGUCGCAUUCACUGCCUAUGUUUGCCUCAAAGGACGUCGCAGGAGAUUUCGGCCAGUUUCACGGACCAAGCGCAAAGGCUUGUUGCAAGUCGGUGUUGGGGUCUGGAUUGGAACAAGGGGUAGUGACGAGAGUGAUGAGGAAGUGGCACGCGAACCGCGCGUGAACUCGACACGAUUCAGCGCAGCUCAGGAACCAAGAUUGAGCGUGCCACGAGAGACAAGAGCGAGCAUCCCGCGGUUGCCCACCCCACCAGAAAUAGAAAGCGGUAUCAGGAUCCCCAUUUUCGGGAUAGGGCAAGACCGGCGCUCACGGUUGAAAGUGCCUCCAGCUGAGCUGGAUGAUGUUCAGGAGGGAACGCCCUCGAGGCACGGGAGCUGGGUAUCUAGGGUAUCAAGGAUGUUGUCGCGAGCAGCGCGGUCCUCGACCACGAGCAGGUCCUCGUCUCGCUCAAGGUCCCGCUCGAGAUGGACUCGCAGGCCCGCGUCUGAGGAGUGGGAGCACUUCUUCCAGGGCAGAGGCCCCGGCGGCUUGACUGUCCCCCAGGUGACUUACACGCGGCCGUCCUCGAUCGACUCGUCGUUCCCGGACGACCGCAAGGACUUUGACCUCGAGGAUGCCGCCAGGCGGCUCCCGAAGAUCAGCAGUUUCGACAGGCUGAGCGAGGGCACGUUUGGCCUGCGCGGGCGGUCGAGUGACAGGAGCACAAAAAGGAAAUCCUGA